AAAUUUUAGAAAACCAACCAAACAGCCCCCUUAAGGCCCCCAAAUCCAGUACCCCAAUUCCAUCCAUCGAUCGAUCUAGGGUUUCCUUUUGGUCCUUGUAGCUGUUCUCUCCGCCCGAUUCUUCUUCUCUAUUUCGCUCUUUUGUCCGCCGAGGAGAAGAAGGGUUCGGAUCCCUGCUCCCUGCUCAAAUUCGACUAAUUUAUUAUUGACUGUUCUUCGAAUCUGCAUAAAAGGGCCGGUUAGGGCAGAGAGAAAUUGAGGGAGGAGGCGAGUUAAGGAGUCGCCAAAGGAUCCAGGUAAUGAAACUUUCCCGGCGUUCGUUUACAAGGUGAAAGAAAACUUUGAUCUUGAAGACGGUGAUGAUGAGUUGUGAUGGAUUUAGCGUCGCCGUUCUGAAGAAAAAAGUUAGAGCUCUGGCGACCCCCAGUAUCAAUUUGCGUUUCCCGGAGGUCAGAAAAUAAUACCAUGGAGUGCGAGGAGAUGAAGAACAAAGGGAAUGCGUCUCAUAAACGACCAAUUGUUGUCAAUGAAAGUGUAGGAAGUGAUGAUGAGUUGUCGUCCGAGAAGAAAUUGAAGACCAAUUCUCGAGAACUUGUCAAGAAUCUACUCUCAAGAGUGAUGAACGAUUCCUCUCAUCAAAAGUCAGUAUUUUUUAUUAACUUCACCCGAAGUAUUCAUGAUAUGGGCAUUGAGCCCAUCAAUGUACUUGACUGCACUCUCUCAUGGAUGCUAACAGAGCGCAAAUCACUCAAAGAUGAAGAGGCCGGCUUCCUACUGAAAGUCAUGAACAAGGUAUUGCCCAGUUGCGAUGAGGACAAAGUUCGACCUUUGGUUUCUCGAAUUAUAUUAGUUGCCCAACCUUUUGUUGAAGAUGCCUCCUCUCAUUGUUGCAUCAAGGCGAGCGAGAUCAUCUACACUCUCAGCAAAAUCACGGGUCUGGAUGAAAUUGCUGUGCUGAUUCGUCUUCAGAUGAAUGACAGUAGUGAUUACGUAAGGGAUGUGGCGGUCAAAGUUAUGGGGAUCGUAGCAUCUGCACUCGGAAUUCAUGUUGUUUUCCCGUUCAUCGAAAGUUGUUGUCGAAGAAUUGAGCCAUUGCGAGUCCGUUGUGCUGCUAUAAGAAUGGUGGAGCAGUUUGCUGUGAGGAUCGGAUGCACGUUGCUGCCACAUCUUUCGCCUCUAAUUGAACUUAUGGAGUUCGGUCUCCUUCACAAGGAUUUAGAAAUCAUGCGAAUCACAGCUUUAUCUCUCGCUGCUCUUGCUAAAGCGGUGGCACCCUAUGGAUAUGAGCACUUUAAACCGAUAUUGCAUCGACUCUUCGAUUUCUUCAGCAGAGAUGGAGUUGGUUUUAUUCAUCGAAGAGGGAAAGUGUUGGGAGCGCUGGUGAAGCUAUUCACUUUCAUUAUUCAACUUCUAACGUAUCCAUAUCCCAGCGACAUCAAUUGGAACGUAGCGAACGGGGUAUUGCUCGUGUCGAGACUUUCGGUAGACGACGAGGAGAUGAAGGAGAUUGGAUUGGAAGCCAUCAAAAGCCUAGCUGAGAUCAAGGACGUUCUGUUACAGGGUUUUCUAAUGGGCGGGCCUAGAUGUUUCGUGCGAAUUAUGUGGACGAGAACGAUGAUGAGAAGGGACAAGUACGUGUUGUUGGCCGAUGCAACCGUUGCUUUGGCCAAUAAGUUGGGAGUUGCGUAUCUCAAGAGAUCAAUAUCUAAAGAACUCGAUGAUUAUAGUGAAGAUUACAGGCAGAUGGUGUUGAAAAUAAUUGAAAAGUUGUUGGCGUGUCCUGAUAAUUCAUCGGAUCGUUUUGCUCAGUUGGAAGACGCCUUUCAGGAUAUCGCCUACUUGUUUUGUUCUUCGUUUUAGAUUAUAUUGACGCAACCAACAAUUUUUUGCUUUUGAGAUAUCCUUUUUUUCUUUUUUUCUUUUUGAGAUAUGUGGAUCUCCAGUAUGUUUUUUUAGUGUCGAAACUGUUUCUAUUGAAAAGCAACAAUAAAUGAUAUUAAAAAUAUAUUGUACGA